GGAAUCACAUGACUGUAUGGUACCGUUCAAGGAACAUCUAUUCUAGACUAAGACUCUGUUCACACUCCCGCUUACUGUGCCCCCUCCCUGUGGUUCUGGUGCUGGGUUUUUAAUCCCUGUUCAAAUGGAUUAACGUCCUACACUUUCUUAUAAAAUGCUACCGUCUGGCACAUUAUUUCUGAAACUAGCUUUAUGCUGAUUAGAGUCCUUCAAUGAUUCUCUAACCAAGGUGUGAACACCUUUGCAGAGGGUAAAAGCCUCCCCUCCCACCAGCGCCCCCUGCCAAGUGUGCAUACAAAUAGAAAUGAAUCUGACACUAAUGAAGCCAUGCUGAUGUGAACAGCUUGGGGGGAGGGAAAGCUGUGAAAUGCAUGGGGGGAGGCAGGGGGCAACUUCACUGUGCUUUAACACACCCAAACACACCCACAAAUCCUUUAACAAAGCCUGGCACGGUGGCAGCCUCAGGCCUCAAAUUUCAGUGACACCCUGUGCAAUGCCAAAAUUUGGUGCCCCUGCCUUUAAAUAACAUUUGUGGCAUCCCCUGUGGCUCCGCACUCUCAAUCUCUGCUCCCCUAAAUCCGCCUCUGCCUGGCACAACCCAAUCCAAGGUCAGGUGGAAUAAGUUAACGGGAAAUUAUUUCCUGUCCUAUAGGAAAGGCUUUGCCCGUUGAAUUUCAGUCAACAGGGGGAAAUAUUCCCUGCCCCUGUUUCUUCCUGGUGACCAACAGCUUCACCUCUUGAAUGUCAGCCUGUCACAUUGAAGGAGAGAAGGUGCAGAUGUUCAGCCAUGCAGCGGACUUGCCCCUGCCAAUGAAAAGGCUUUCGAACUGGGAGCUGAGCUGGGAACAGAGGGCUGGAUGCAGGAGCUCUCAGGUUGAGACCUCGAGGGCAGCCAGAGAGAAGCGCCAAGGCUGAGAGGAGACGGAACAGGUCUUGGGAUUUGAACCCGCUCCCUGUCCUCUGUGCUAUGGGGAGGCUGGGUGUUGCUGCCACAGCCUUCCUCUGCGGGGGGCUCCUCGCUGCCUUCCUCCUGAGGGAAGCGCUUGGACAGAGCAAGAAGCCUGAGACCCGAGUGUGCGCACGGCGCACGUUGAGGAUCCCCUUGUUCUACAACGAGACCUACGCCAAGCCUGCGCACCAGCCGUAUUUGACGCUGUGCGCUGGACCCCGAGUCUGCAGCACCUACAGGACUACCUAUCGCGUAGCCACACGGCAGGUGCGGAAAGACAUUCUGCAGACCCACAUCGUCUGCUGCCAAGGCUGGAAGAAACGCCACGUGGGAGACACCAAGUGCGAGGAAGCCAUCUGCAACAAGCCCUGUCAGAACGGAGGCACCUGUGCCCAGCCAAACCAGUGCCAGUGCCAACCAGGCUGGGGCGGGCGCUACUGCCACGUCGACGUGGAUGAGUGCCACGCACCCGUCUCUCUCUGCGACCAACGCUGCCUCAACACCGCAGGGAGCUACGAGUGCCAGUGCCACCCUGGCUAUGCCCUGGAACCAGAUGGCAAGAGCUGCCGCUUGCUGCCCACUGCCCAGGCCGCCCCUCUGCACGCCAGCAAAGUGCAAAUUUUAGGGGCUCAGGAGACGAUUCCCAAUGAGAUCCAGGAGCUUCAAGCCAAGGUGGAGCAGCUGGAAGAGCGCCUGGAACGUGCCAUCGCCAUCUUGCCGCCUUCCCUGGAGCCCGCCCAGCUGAAGGAGCUCUGGAGUCGCCUGCUCUACCUGGACCAGGUGGAGUCGCUCAGCGACCAGCUGCUUUUCCUCGAAGAGAAACUGGGGGACUGUGAGUAUCAGAAAGGCCACGCCGUCCUGACAGGCGGCAAGAACACGCCUCGCGACCCAUGGGCACCUGAAGCAAAACAGGAAGGCGCCACCUAGCACGUGUGCCCUGCACCACCCAACCUUCCUUGCCCUCUCCACUGAAGCCUCACAUAUGGGGUCGCACAGCUGGGCUUCCAGGUUCUUGCGAGAGUUCGCUGGAAGCUGCCAUGGCCGCUUCUAAUCACUUAUCCAGUGGUGGCAGAGACGCCCCCACAAUUUCGCCACCUGAGGCACCUGCUGCAGUCUGCCUCAUGGAAGGGCCGGCACCAUGCACAGGAGGCAAAUGAUUUCAUGCAGGCGAGGGUGUGAUCUGGGGCAAGGAGAGUCCCGAGGGCCAAGUGGACUGGUCUGGAGGGCCGUGGGUGCCCCUCCCCCACGAGACCUGAGGCAAUAGCAGGCUGGCUCAGGGGUGCGGAACGUUUUGCAUUCUCCUCUGGGCAACUUUCCAAGGGUGGCAUCAAACUCUUCAGAGUUUCAAGCAGCGUAUUUCCCCCAGCCCUACCUGUAGAUGCCUUGGGGACUGGAACUGGAACUUUCUGCAAGGAAACCAGAUUUUUUGCAUGCAUCCCCCUGCUUCCUAUUGGGCUAGGAAACGUUGCUUUCAGGCGCUUUGGCUGCUACAGCUCAAUUCACCCCUCCAUCCCACAUCACCCCUGCAGAUAAUCGAUUUUGCCUUGCUGGUGGGAUGUGCAAGCCUCUCCGCUUAAUAUUGGGAGCUGCCUUAUAGCAAUUCAGACCAGUCAUCCACCUAGCUCAUUACUGUCUACACUGGCUGGCAACAGCUCUUCCGGGUUUCAGAAUGAGCUCUCCCAUCUCCUCCCAGAUGCCAUGGAAAUUGGGACCUUCUAUGUUCAGAUAAUUAUGAAUGCCCUUCCCCAACUAUUGAAACUCUUAAUUAAAUAGCUGCCAACUAUUUCUAUGAACUGCCUUCCCUCUAGUAUCAGGGGUGGUUUGGGGUCUCUUGCACUUUUCAAACCUCAUUUUUUUCUCCUUCUGGGUUCCUUGCUCCCAGGUGCCUGUCAAAACGGUAAAAAUGGCUUUGGCUACGACAUUGCCCGGUGAUGGCUGCGCCUUGGACUCGAUUGAUGGGAAACCAGCCCCCCCACCACCACCUCCUGCACCCCACUCUGGGGCUGGUGGCUACUGCUCUAGGGAGCUCUAGUUUAACAUCUCCUCCCUGGGCACACUCCACUCAUUACUUAAAAGCAAACUACGCACAGCAAGGGCUAGGCCUCUAACGGAUUAACUAAUGGAAGCAAGCUUCUGAGUCGCACAGCAUUCUUCUGGAAGAAUUCGAAGCACGGCCACACAGAAUUCUCGAGGCAUUCACAGCCAAUGCAAAAAAGAGGGGGAAAUUCAGCACUUUUGAUUUCAAUGGGAGAUUUACAAUGAAUUUCUAUGCGUGUUGACUCAUUUGCAAAUCCUGCUGCAAGUAGUAGAUUAUUCCCAACUAUGCAAAAGACAGCAAUCUUAAGCAGGUGCUUAAUGCCCCCACAGAAGUCAAUGGAAUUUAAAAGUGUUAGCGUCCGACUCAUGCCAACUUUUAAGUAGCAAUGUAGCCUGCCUGGGGUGCUCUUUAUUUUCUUGACUGAAUUUUUCUGUGGUGAAGAGCACUCCUUUUUGUUUCUUGGAACGUGCCAUCGCCAUUUUCCAGUUUCUCCAUCACCUUGUUUAUCCUGGGCUGAUCUCUCCACCACCGUCAGUCCAGAAUUCAACAGGUAGAGCUCUCAACGCCUCUCAAACCGCUUCUUCUGAAAUGCACCAAACUCCUAACAAGCUAAUGAUCAUGUUCUGCACCACAUUCCCUGCAACCCUGUACUUCUUCCAACCACACGUAAACAACGGAAGGCACUUAUUUGCUUUUGAGAUCUCGCUGUCCCUGCUAAGUUGGCUGCAGUGUUGUUGGACAACGCAACUCCCAUCUUCCCUUACCUCCCCCCCCCCGAUGGGGGUGUGGUGGGCAUUGAUGGAAAUGGAAAUCCAACAUCUAGAAGACCACAGGUUAUCCAGCUCUGGAACUAGGGAAAGAUCUGCGUUCAAUUCCUCUGCCUGGAAGCUCACCCUAAACCUAUGAAUGCUACCAUUGAGCUCAGUAUCCAACAGGGCAAGCUAUGAUAGCACCUUGCAGCAUCUGAAAGAGGAAUGGCUUUAUUAUGGCAUAAUCUUUCGCGGCGAAGCAUAAUCAUUUUUUUUAAAUCUUUGGCGAUCACUUGUAGCCGAGUAAGAUUGUCUUCCAUGAACACGGUCUUAACAGUGAGUCCGUGACUGUGG